AGAAGCUGCAGCCAAGCCUCGGCGGCUGAGCAAACACGGGCGGCUUCUGUCCAAGCAAGCAAGUGAAUCUCGAGGCACAAUUUGUCAUCUAAUUGCAGCCACACCCCCCGGGAUUAAUUGCUGCAUUUGAAUUCAAAGCAGGGCAGAUUUACGGCCCCAUCAGGUUUCAUCAGCCGUUACUGGUGAUUGAUGCCCAACUAAAAGCACUGCAAACAGCCAAAAAAAAGGAGCUCUCAUGUGGUUUUUUUUUUCAGAGCUAGGAGUAUUUGGGUUGUUUAAUCAUCCCUAAGCCUGCAAAAGGGGAGAAUUAAAACCUUAGCAACAUUGGCUCCAGACUCCUCUGAAGGUUUUUGGCUCCUGCACGAGGGGAAGUUGCCUCGGGAGGGUGUCUAAGAUUUCCACAGAAUUAUGGGCAGGAAGAAGAGACAGGGAAACAAAAUCCUGAUGUUUUUCCACAUUCAAAGUCAGAGGGACAUUUAGCAGAAAUAAACCUUUAACCAGGAUAAACCAUUAACUACCAUCUGCCUCUGUCUCAGAUAAAGAGGGGAAAUUAACCCCACCCUGCCCCAAGUUCAGCCGUUGUGAGGCUGCAGGUGUGUAAGCAGCGAGGUGCUGGGUCAGAACCAUCCCACAGCUUCCCAAACCAACCCUUAGCCACCCAAAAACAUCCCUCAGCCACCCAAAACCAUCCCAUAACCUCCCAAAAACCUCAAUGUCCCAAACUAUCCCUCAGCAACCCAAAACCAUCCCACAACCUCCCAACACCAUCCCACAGCCACCCAAAAAUAUUCUACACCCUCCCCAAACCAUCCACAGCCACCCAAAACCACCGCACAUCCUCCCAAGCCGUCCCUCAGCCACCCAAAACCAUCCCAUAACCUCCCAAAACCAUCCCACAGCCACCCUAAACCAUCCCACAGCCACCCAAAACCAUCCCACAGCCUCCCCAAACCAUUCCACAGCUUCCCCAAACCAUCCCACAGCCUCCCCAAACCAUCCCACAGCCACCCAAAACCUCCCCACAGCCCCCCAAAACCAGUGCUCAGAGCUGAUGAUGCCCAGAGCUGCCCAGUUCAGCUCCUGUGGGGUCCCAGUAUGAACCAGCAAUUGCUGGUGCUGGGCCCUGAGGGCCUGAGGCUGCUCAGAGCACCCAAGGGCUCCCCAAAAACAUCUGAUAGUACCCAAAAAAGUCUUUCCUCCAUAAAGGAAAUGGAAACCACCUUUCACUGUAGGGAAUGGUGCUGGGAGCACACGGAGAGUGAAGGAGCACCCAGGAGGGUCAGGGAGCAGGAGGAACCAGAGAACAACCAGGGAGAAACAGGGAGAAACAGGGGUCAGUGAGGAGCUCUAGAGAGCAGGAGGAACCACCAAGGAGGGCCAGGGCUGCAGACCAUGCAGGGCUUGGACCCCAGGUGUUUUAGGCAGCGUGGGCUCAGCCGGGUGUGCCCCACGCCCUGCUCCACCCACCAAGGCUGGGGUUCAUCCAGAAGAGGUGAAAUGCACAAGUUCACCCAGGUGAGAGGACUCAGCCUCCAGCCUGACCUCCAGGUGACCCCAAAGACCAGCUCCCAGUGAUGAGGAGGAGCAGUGACACCACCAGAGGUGUCACCAUGGUGGGGGACCCACAGGUGUGCAGAUCCCAGGGGUGAGAGCCCUGUGCUCAACCCCAAAGAGUUUCACCUGCAAAUCCCAUUUUCCCACCCCAACAACGGGCUCAAACUGGUUUCUGCUCCAACCCCCACUGAUGAAACAACUCACUCUCCAGGCUCACAUCCAAGUUUCCCAUGGGCAAAGCCUGUCCUUGGCCCCCCAUGGCUCCAUGUCCGUGUCCAUGUCCAGGGAUCAUGAGCAUUGAGAGCUCAGGGAAGGUGCCUGGGGACAGAAGAGUGCUAGCAGCUGGGGACGAGAAGGACCUCACCCAGUUUGUCACCAGAAACGUGAGAAGAGUCAUAAAUCCAUCAGAAAUGGGAAUCCACCACAGGGAUCAGCCUGAGCUGGGUUUUGGGAAGGGCCAAAUUUUUGACUUCUCACAGCUCAACCCAUCAGGUCCCACUCUUGGCACCAGCUCAGCUUCCCACCCCACUGCUCCUCCCUAGCACCAAGCCUGUGGGACAUCAACUCCAAGAUGUUUCCUGCCAAAAACCAGGCACAAAAGGGAGAGGAAAUAAUCCCCAGCCCUUCAGAGCUGCGAAAGUACCCGGUGAGAACACAGAGUUUCGCUCUGCAGUGGCCCCUCCCUUGGCUCUUCAACACCUGAAAAGCAAAACAGAAAAAACCAGCCCAAAAAAUGCUGAGACCAAACCCAGGCACUCAGCGUCACAGGGGAGGUUCCAGGUGGAACCAGUGACCCAAGGAGGUUUUUCUUCACCAGAUUUGCCUUGGCCACUCUGGCACCUCCAGCUGUGGUGGGGAGGAGGCCACAAACGCCUUCAAGAGGAAAACAGGAGUGAAGAGUGCUGAUACCCAGGGCCCGGGCUCGGAACCACAGCUGGGGACGUUCUCCAGUCCCUGCCCUGGUUGGAGCCUGGGCUGGGCUCUGUGGGCAGCAAAGGCCUCUCGGAGGAGCUAAGGGGAAGCCAAAGUCUCUAUUCUUCCCUGUUAGCUGUAAAUCCACCCAAAAUGAAGCAUCCCCUGGUCUGACCCCACUGCAGAAAUCUGGGUUAAAUUUAAGAGCAGGUUUAAACAUAAACUUGCCUGCCCAUGGCGGGGAUAUGGAACUGGAUUCAAGGUCCCUUCUAACCCAAUCAUCUGUGCUUCCAUGACAAACUCCUCAUGUUCCCAGCCUGAUUUUAGACAGUCCCAGCAGGGCCAUGUCCCACCACCCCCAUGGGAGCAGCCUUGGCUCCUCCUGCCUCUCCCCAUUCCUGGAGAUCAGCUCACCCUCAUGCGAGCUCCUGGGGAAAAACAGGAAAGGGCUGGAUGGGGAAUGGAUGAGCUUCUCCAGAGCUCCUGGAUCUGGAGUCUGGACAUGCUCCAGGAGUUUUUCCUCAUCGGCUUUUUUGGUUCUUGUUCCAUCAGAACAGGAUGCUCCGGUAGCCUCAAAGCUGCUUCUCCAAGGGUGUUCCCAGAGCCAGAGUUUGACCCCAAACCGUCCCAAUUCAGCUGUGAUGUCACUGUGAGGUCACUGACAGCACCCCCAGCUUGGGGCCUCCCACCCCCAAAAUGAGGGAAUCGCCGCGAUCCUUGGAGGGGCAGGACGGGAGUCCUGGGAGCCUCGGAGAAGGGAGGAUGAUGAAGGGCAGGGGAGGAAGGACGGGCAGAGGAAGGACAGACAGACAAACGCUGCCACCUGGUGUCCAUAAAAACCUCUCAAAGUCCUGACCCGGGAUGAAUUCAGCUCUACGGGAUCCCAAAGCUCAGGAUCCUGCCUGUUGGGCUCCUCCAGCCCGGGAGAGCCACCAGCAACUCCAUCCAACUGGGAGAGGGAACAUGACUGGGUUUGCUUGGAAUGGGGAAGCGCCACGUCCCAAAGGGCUGCAGAAAAUCACUGGGGGCUGUGGGGAAAGGGGCCCAUGGGACAUUUCCUGAGGCCACUCCAGCACUGGGAGCCACGGCGAGAAAACCGAGGAGCCUCACGGGGAGCAUGGGCUGAGCUGAAUCUCCCCUCCCUGAGCUGCCAUCUCCGCAGGCAGCACCGUGGCCUGCCGGGCCGGGGGACAUUGCAAACAGUGACACCGUGAGCUAAUUUGGUGGCAUUAAUAACAAGCAUCCCACCUGAGUGACGGGCAGGAGGCCCUCUCCUCCCAAGAUUCAGCUAAUUAAUGUCCCCCUCCCUCGGGUGAUGUCAGGCUCCCUCCAAAGGCCGUGAGUGGCCCUCAUUAAAGGCUCCUCAGGAUGAGUGUCCCCCAAACACCGACCUUAUUUUGACAGUGGCAGUAAUUACAGAGCUCUCCGUGGUGGAAUGACAAUAAUUACCCAGGCACGAGCAGAAAGGUCCUGGGGGGAGAGCACAGAAAGCUCUGGAGAAACAGAGAAAAAAAGAGAAAUCUGGACCUGGAGCCCCCAUCUCUCCUGGUGGGAGAGACGAGGCCCAGCUACCCAGGACUGGCUCUUGCCUCCCACUGCCUGGGAGAAAAGGCACAUUCAGACCCCCAAACACCAAACCCCGGACAUUCUUCUUUCUUGGAAACUCCCCAGAGAUCUCAAACCUGCCCUGGAAACAGCUCCUGCCAUCCACACUGGGAAUGGGGAGCCCCCGGAGCCCACCUGACCCCCAGGUGGGGAGAAGCUCUUCAGGGAGAUGAGGGCUCUGCCCUGGGAGCCCCCACCUUCCUCCAGGCCCAGAUCAGCUCUUUGGAGUUGCCUUCAGUUUUCCUCUCCUCUUUUUUCCUUUUUCCUUCGCUGGCUUCAAGGAUUUGAAACAAACGAGCCCAGUUCCUAUGGGACACCCUUGGAAAACUCUGAACAGUGAGUUCCAGGUGUUCCCAGGGCUCCUGGGCUGAGCCUGGAUGUCUCACGGGGAUCCAGAGCUGCAGCCCCUCAUGGGGCCUCCUUUCACCCCCAAAUCCCAUAAUUUGUAGGGAACAACCCCAGUUUCAGGUCUGGACUCAGGGAGCCACACCAGGCUGGGAUCACAAGUGGGAUCUGCCUGGCUGAGGAGCUGCAGCAGGAAUUUCACAUGGCAGGAAGUGUUUGGAGACACAAAUCAUUGGUUUAUGCCUUUGCUCUUUUUUCCUUCUUCUCUCCAGUGAAGGUGCUGGAAAGGGGAGCCCGUGGGCAGAGGAAUCCGUGCAGGACACGCUGUGCCAGCAAGAGGCCACCUCACCUGAGAGGAGGAAACCCACAGGUCACUGCUUUGGUCCAAAAAGUAGGGGGCAGGGGGGGAAGCAAAUAUAAGAAAAACAGCAACAACAAUUAAAAAAAAAAAAGAAAGAAAAAAGAAAAAAACUUCAUUGAAGGCGUCAGUUGGAAAAUCCACCAGUAACAAUGUUGUCUGCAGCAGCCCCACUCCAGAAAAGCUGUAAUGAUUCACAGUGACCCAUCCAAGGAAAAGCAGGAUACCUGUGACCCACCUGUCAGCUCUGGGCAUCCUCCAGAUGAGCUUAAAAGCACCAGCGAAGAGAAGAGUUCAGCCAGAACCGGCUCGAAGGAGGAAAAUUGGAUCUGGUGUGGAGGGAGCAGCUCAAUCCCCAAGGAGCUCAGAUGGUGUGGUGGCUGUACCUGUCCGGGCUGCUGCUCGCCGUGCUCAUCCCGGCCGGAGGGCAGGUGGCUCCCCAGGACUCGGAGGAGCUGUCCAGAUGGAAGCUGUUUGGACCCCAGAACUCCCAGAGCUUCCUGUCCCACAUCAAGAGACACUCGGAGGGGACCUUCACAAGCGACUUCACGCGGUACCUGGACAGGAUGAAGGCCAAGGACUUCGUGCACUGGCUCAUCAACACAAAGAGGUACAAUUAACAGCAGAUCCAGGCAGCAGCUUUCCAGCCACAUCCACGUGGGAAGGUUGGGCCUCUCCUUGCCCACUGGGAUCAGAAGCUCCAUGGAAGGAUUCACCCACCACCUGCAGCUCCCAGACCCAGCCCAUGGUCCCUGGGAGCUCCACGGAAGGAUUCACUCAUCACCCACAGCUCCCAGACCCACCCCGUGGUUCCUGGCAGCUCCAGGAGAAGGAUUCUGAGCUCCCAGACCCACCCCGUGAUUCUUGAGAGCUCCAGGGGGAGGAUUCCCAGCUCCCAGACCCAGCCCAUGGUCCCUGGGAGCUCCACAGAAGGAUUCCCAGCUCCCAGACCCACCCCGUGGUUCCUGGGAGCUCCACAGAAGGAUUCCCAGCUCCCAGACCCAGCCCAUGGUCCCUGGGAGCUCCUCCUGAAAUCUGCCCCCAUGGAUCAGCCGUGCCUCCAACCUGGAUUUCUCUCUGCCUUCCUCCUGCCCACAGUUUUCCCUAAAUGCCAAUAAAACCUUUGCUCAGUCCUGCAGCUGGCUCCUGAUGUCUCCAGCCUUUCCAAGCAUCCCACCGGGAUCCCACACAGUCCCCGGGGAUUCUGAGCCUCUGACUCCCCACUUGGUGCCUCAUUUUCCCUCAAUCCCUCAAGUUUUGGAUAAAAGGGACAACCAGGGUGUGCCCACCUGACCCCACUGACCAGGACCAAAAGAAAUUUAGGAAAAACCCUGCAGUAAUUACCUUUUUGGUGUUAAGUUAUUCCAAUUUAACCUGGAUCCAAAGAACCUCUUUGGAGUUAAUUUAGUUCUAAUUAAUUACAGGGCAAGAGGGCCCAAAAAAAGCCCAGAAAGGCAGCAGAGGCG